AUGAGGCUGAGGAACGGUUUGCGUUGUGGAUGUUGUUCGUCAAUGAAAGACAAUUCUGGAGUUAUGGAAAAAAUUGAUGAUGUGGCUAUCAGGGCAUGGGACACGGGAAAAGCCGACCCCAGAGUGGUUGUAUUCUCUGCAAAGAUGGGAUUGGCUAUGAUGCUUAUAUCUUUGUUGAUUUUCUUGAAGCAGCCAGCUGCCAUGAAAGAUCACAGAUACUCUGUUUGGGCUAUUUUAACCGUUGUUGUUGUCUUUGAGUUCAGUAUAGGAGCCACUCUGAGCAAAGGAUUUAAUCGUGGAUUAGGGACACUGUCAGCAGGAGGGCUGGCCCUUGCAAUGGGAGAAUUGUCCAAACUGGCCGGAGAAUGGGAAGAAGUUACUGUAAUCUUUGGGAUAUUAAUCACAGGUUUUUGCAUCACCUAUGCAAAGUUCUAUCCCACAAUGAAGCCCUAUGAAUAUGGAUUUCGAGUAUUCCUGAUAACAUAUUGUUUUGUAAUGGUGUCUGGGUAUCGGACGAAAAAUUUCAUAGAUACAGCAGUCACCCGGUUUGUGCUCAUUGCUUUAGGUGCCAGUGUUUCUUUGGCAGUGAAUAUAUGUAUUCAUCCCAUCUGGGCUGGUGAGGAUCUUCACAAUUUGGUUGCCAAAAAUUUCACUAGUGUUGCUAAUUCCUUGGAAGGUUGCAUCAGUGGAUACCUUAACUGCGUUGAAUAUGAAAGGGUCCCUUCAAAAAUUCUUACUUACCAAGCAUCGGAUGAUCCAGUGUACAGUGGAUACAGAUCAGCCAUGGAAUCCACGAGCCAGGAGGAUGCUCUGGUGAGUUUUGCCGUCUGGGAGCCACCUCAUGGUCGUUACAAAAUGUUCAACUAUCCAUGGCGAAACUAUGUGAAAGUCAGUGGUGCUUUAAGGCAUUGUGCAUUCAUGGUCAUGGCAUUACAUGGAUGUGUACUUUCAGAGAUACAGGCUCCUGCCGAAAGAAGACAGGUGUUUCGCAAUGAACUCCAGAGGGUUAGUACAGCCAGUGCAAAAGUGUUGCGGGAGCUUGGCCAGAAGGUGAAAAAUAUGGAGAAACUGGGUUCACAUGAUAUGCUGUAUGAGGUGCAUGAGGCUGCGGAAGAGUUGCAGAAAAAGGUCGAUCGAAAAUCUUACCUCCUUGUCAAUUCAGAAAGCUGGGAAAUCGGAAAACCUGAGGGAAUAAAGGUUCCACAGGAAUCUCUGGAUAUGACUGAUGAUGGAAACUAUUUAAAUGGAAAUAAUAACUUCCAUGAAACAGCUAUUGACAUAAGAGCACUUCAUCUCUCGAAAAGUUGGGAUGACAGGAAUUUUAACGCAAAUGUUAACUUCAACCCUCCUGCAGCAGUUACAUCAGAGAAUGAAACUGAGAAACAGAAGUCACGGCCUAUAGCUGUGUUGCCUGAAGCAAAUCAAAUACCUGAAAAUGAUGAAUCAAAGACGUACGAAAGUGCCAGUGCCUUGUCUUUAGCAACAUUUGCGUCUCUUCUCAUUGAAUUCGUAGCUAGGCUUCAAAAUCUUGUUGACUCAUUUGAAGAGUUAAGCGAGAAAGCAAAGUUCAGGGAGCCUGUCAACUCGUCAGAAGCAGCAGCUGAAGAAGUGGGCUUAUGGACCAGAUUAUGCAGAUGUUUGUAGCGCUCAAACAGAGAUGCAAUGAAUUGAACUGCGACUAUUACAGUCAAUAACAAAUCAUAGUAAACACCACCAUAUAGCAACAUUUGAGUAGAGGCUAGCAUCCUUUGAAAACAACAAUAUGUUGAUGCCUUAUAUAGAGUAGUUGGUAGAAUUUCAUAGUGCCUACCAUUGUGGUGAAAUGGAACUGACCAACCGGGAACUGGAUCUUGGUUUGAAGAAAUGUGGUAGCACUGAAGGAAAUUUGUCUAGUAAAAAGCUUCAUUUUGAAUCCUUUUACCUUCGUUCUUCUUUAGCUUUUCUUUUCAGAAGCUCCAUUCUAAGUUCUCACAAUGAAAUAUGGUCCGAGUUAUUUGCUUUG